GGGAGAACGAGAGAGGGAGUGAGAGCGAAGGAGAGAGAGAAAGCCACUGUGCUUAAAUCCAGCUGGCUGCCUCCCUGGGAAUGUAAUCCAUAUGUGAGCGCGAGUUCAGCUGCAGGAAAAAGAAAAGAUAUUACCCGCAAAGAAGCGAUUGUUUCUGCUUUUCUUGUUUAAAUUCCACUCAUUCUGGCCUCUGGACCCUGGCUCUGGUUCAACAGCCGACACAAAAAGAGAGGUAUAGUGUGGAGAAGGACAAAAGUUGAGAGAAAGUUGGAGAGGAUAAAAACGAAGGCAUAAGGAACAGUAGAGAACAAUAUACCAUUAGGGAGCCGAAAGAAGAAUGAAAGAGGACACGCAGGAGGAAGGUGUAGUGAGUCAAAAUGACCCUAAUGGAACAGCUGGACACCAGCAAGUGAUCCAGACACACCUGGAAGACAACGGACCUUUGAAAGCCUUGCUGAGCUCUGAUUCGGAAAUGAACGGCAAGGCGGGUGGCAGGGGGCCCGUGAACAAAGCCAGUGAAGCAAACAGCAACGCCAACAAUCUCAGCAUGGUUUCUGAGAUGCCCCCGGACUCCCAGAACUACACACGGGGCACGCGCACACCUAAGAGAGCUGCCACGUUUGGGAAGCGCUCCAACUCCAUGCGGCGCAACCCGAACGCCGAGGUGGCCCGGCAGGGUUGGCUUCACAAACAGGCAAGCAGUGGUAUGAAACAGUGGAACAAGCGUUGGUUCGUGCUGACAGAUCGAUGUCUUUUCUACUAUAAAGACGAGAAGGAAGAAGUGGUGCUGGGCAGCCUUCCUCUUCUCAGCUUCAAGAUUGGACCAGUUCAGGCAUCGGACAACAUCAGCCGCAAGUUUGCCUUUAAGGUGUGGUGCGAAACCAGUGAAGAGGAAGAGCAGGAGGAAGAGGAAAGUGAGGAUUUAAAGGGCAGUAUUGCGUUCUGUUUGCAGGUUGAGCACACAGGAACUCGUACAUACUACUUCAGUGCAGACAGCCAGAAGGAGCAGGAGGAGUGGGUCCAAGCCAUGAGUGAGGCUGCCAGGGUCCACAUCCAAACCACAUCCAGAAAUAAAUCUGAGCCCAUCCCUGCAGCAGACGAAAACGACAUGGUAGCCAAACGACUCGAGCCCAACUCUCAUGCAGAGAACGGCCAGAGGCCAGAUGUCCACGGGUCUGUCAAACAUGAGCUUAAUGGCAUAGAAAGCAGAGACACCACGCCCAGCACCCCAGUGACCCCAGUUACCCCUAAUAUAGAGGGCAGGAUGGGGGAGAAAGGAGGACUGGUACCCCAUCACCCCAAUGGCUGGGGUCACUACGGUCCUCCCAACGGUUCAAGAUACCAGUCCCAAGAGAACGUGAGGGACAUGCGGGAUCCGCAUGAGGAGAAUGUUGUGAUGCGGAGGGGCUUUGUGCCAAGGACGGCACCGGAAAGACUCGCACAGAGGAAGAGCUCCAUGACACAGCUGCAGCAGUGGGUCAACCAGCGGCGGGCCAUGGUGCCUCAAGAUGAUGGCCGCAGUCCAUCUAGGUACUACACAGUAAACCGCGGUACGUCAGCAGACUAUUAUGGUGUGUAUGGUGGCCCUCCAUAUGUGGAUGACUAUCCCCUCUAUCCACCUGGUGUACGACCUGAGAGUAUCUGCUCCAUGUCGGCUGCGUACAACCGACCGGCUCCUCGCUGGACCGUGGAAGAGAGAAGGCGGUCAUUGCGGGAUGGACCCUUAUAUGGUCAACCUCGAGACCCUCAGUGGAUGAUGGGACCCCAGGGUCCUGCCUAUUACCCCCAGUUGGACUCAGCACAGAACUCUAUGAGACGGCUUUCCAUACAGCCACGCUCACGGUCGGUCCCGCGUUCGCCUUCCUCUUCAUCGGGAGGACCCUACUCUCCGCACAGCUUUGCCUCACCUGCCAGAUCCCCCAGCGCCAGGUUUGAUCGGGGACCUCCCCGCCUCAGAGAGGAGGGAAUAUAUGCUGACCCCUCUGUCUACGGGCUGCGCAGGUCACUGAGCUCACCUAAGUAUGAUUUCCCUGGAGAUCGACGCUCCUACAGUCAAGGAAUGUACCACUACAACUACCCAGCAUCCCCUUCGCUCCAUAGUAAAAUGGAGGACAUUUUAGACGUGCAGCUUCAGAGGAACCUGGAGUACCUAGAUCAGCAGAUGACAGAUGGUGAUCGCCUAAUCGGCAUGGUAACCAGAAUGGUUGAGCGUUCCUCUCCUCGAGCAAAACUAUUCUCACAAGUGCCUCCAUUCCAUGAUGUGUAUGGUGAUCUACAUCCCACACUGAAGCUUAAUGAGAUUGAGACCAGUAAACUACUGGGCCGCUUGUGUGAGCAGAAUCGACUCGUGAAAGAGCAGGAGGCUGUAGUUCAUCGUUUGCGAAUGGAAAAGGACAGCCUGGAGGGGGUGCUGGUGGCCACACAUCAGGAGAUGGAGCUGUACAGGAACCAGCCGCUGGCCAUGGAGAAACUUCAGCUGAAGAAGGAGAGUCUACAAAACAAGCUGAUCAACAUCAGAGGAGAGCUUUCUCAGGCCUCCAGUGCCCUGACCACCACGCGUAUGGAGUUUGAGGCACUAGAGGAUGAAGUAAACAGCAUCCAUGGUGACCUGUGGGAGCAGCUGAAUGCUGGAGGGCAGAGUGAGCUGGUGCACAGGCACAUUCAGAAGGAGUUCUGGAGGGUUCAGGAUGUUUUGGAGGGGCUGCACAAAAACAACCCAUCUCGUGGGACGGACACGGCCAAGCACAGAGUAGCUAGUGGAGCAUCCGGCUCCUUCAGCACAAACAGUCCUGCAAGUCCCUUGAGUUCAGUGAGUCUGACGAGUCCUCUCAGCCCCUUCUCUCCUGUCCCUGGCUCUCAGGCCUCUCCCACUAAACAGCUGGCCACAGAGGAGGUUGGCCCUCCGCGACCUCCACUUCCUAAAUCUUACCAGCCCCUGGAGUCCUCCCAGUCCUUUCCCCCCUCCGUCCCUCCCCUGCCUUUAGACAGCAAUGCCUGGCUGCGCAGCAUGGGCCCCCAUUCAGGCAUCCACCAGGAAGGCUACAAGGAUGACGAAGAUUUCCACAGCAGAAAGCACAACUACAACUCACAAGGAGAAAAGAUCAACGACUUUGAUACAGAAUCCAACCAGAAUAAAGUUGGAAUUGUUCCACCCAGGACCAAGUCACCUUCAGACGACAAGAACAAUUCUGAUAUCGUGCAAUGGAGAAAUGGGAAGGUGUCCAACGGUCACAUUUCCAGAGAAAGGCCAAAGAGUGCAGUGUUCCCCGCAGAGGUAAAGUCUAAAAUGAGUUUGGAGGAACAGAACGAAAGGAUACGAAGAAACCAGAGCAGCUCUGUCAGAGACAAGAGGCGCAGCCUCAACCUGUCCAGCAACCAGAACAUUGAUGGCUUCAAAUCUUCUACUAACUACAGAGUGGUGCGGAGAAGAGUAACAGCUGAUGAGGUGGAUAUCAAGGAUCUUGAGGCGGCCGUAAGGGGUCAAGGUGUGGAGUCACCCAGGGAGGAAAUUGCUCGUCUGCGACGACAGGUGGAACCUGAACACUAUGACGUGGAUCUCAGCAAAGAGUUGUCCAUGCCGGAUAAAGUCGUGAUCCCUGAGCGAUACUUGGACAUGGAGCCCAGUACACCACUCAGCCCAGAAGAGAUGCGGGAAAAACAGAAGAAAGUUGAAAGAAUCAAAACACUGAUUGCUAAAUCAAACCUGCAAAAUGUGGUGCCGGUGUUGGACGGGCCAGUGGAGGGACCCAGUAACCCAGAGCAGCAGCUUCAGGAACAAGAGAAGCGCAUCGAGAUUUCCUGCGCUCUGGCUGCCGAGGCCUCCCGCCGUAGCCGGCUGCUCUCCGCCCAGUGCGUCCCCAGUCCCCCUGCCUCCCCAACCAGCCUGGUCCCUCCCCCUUCUGCUGACUACUCUGAAUCCUCCCACAUCAUGAAGGUGUGAAGCUCAAGCUCUUGCAGCUGUCAAAUUUGACGGUGAGCCUUUCUGAGUGUCCAGCAGACAAAGAAAACAUGGAAAAAAACCCACUGAACACAGAGAGCAUAUGUUUUUCCUCCGCCAAACAUUGUAUUUCUUUUGAUUACUUACACAACACCAUGCAGAGAAAUAUUUCAAAAUGUUUGGAAUGUCUGCGGAGGGCUGUUCACAAGCGAGGUUAUCUGCCUCCACAUCUCCUCGCGAUCCUCAUUCGGAGCGCGUAACCCGCGGCAGAACUGCUUAACUUAAUUAAUCAACUGUUUUGACUUGGUUUCGGAGGAUGGCAGUCAUAUUACAAAAGCUACAAACUAGCCAGGAUUUGGAUGAUGUUUACAGAUUCAUAUCUACUCUCGGUCACAUUACCGACUGGAGUACAUACAGCAGAUUCAUACUACAGCUGCUCAGGGCGGAUUCUGCAGACACAAGCACGUUUGUGACAGGAAAGAGCGUGACGGAGCUCGAGAUGCGACCAGAGGAAAAUAGCCAUGCUUGAGGAAGUUUUUAAAACCAGGGACUACAGCAAAGUUGUCAAAGCUCAGUUUAUCUGCAAGUCAUUAGAUGAGAAAUUUGGAACUGCUGGUAUGAUAAUUAUCCAUGUUCGGAAGACUAGCCGCAGUCGACCCCUGAGGAUUUAUGGACGGCGCUCAUUCGGAACUUGGAACAAUCGUAGUCUGUUGAUGAAUCCGCUGUUGUCUUGAUCCAAAGGAUGUUGUUGAUGCAAGAAGACUUGGCAUUUAGCACUUCCCCUCCAUCAACUUUAAGGCCAGACUCACUGUGACUCCUCCUGGCCUCCUGUUUUCCCACCUAUUUCACUAUAGGGCUCGAGAACCCUCUUCCCGUCAACACUGCAGUCUCUCAAACCAUUGUCAGGCCUUUAAGUACCGUGUGUAUCUAUAAAGAAAGCAUAUAUAUAUUGAUAUGACUAUUACUUUAAUCUUUGCAUCAAAGCCAUGUGGACUCAUCAUAGUGCUUUUACUGCUAGGACAGUAGUUACCAAAUAAUGGUACCUAAAUACUUGUGAGUGUGUGUGUGGUAGAACAAUAAGAAGAGAACGCUGAAACAUUGGAAGUGUCCUUAGAGUUGUAAGUCUGCUUGUUGAAACAAACACGUGUUCAUGCGAGGCCAGCAACUUGCAUUACAGCCUGUAUAUACUGACGUUAAAUUAUGUAACCUGUUGCCCCGACAGAAUAUCAAAGCCCUUAUUUGUGGAUCGUCGUGCCGUUUGGAGAUUCAUUUGGCUGCUUCUUUUCUGCUGUGGCACAGUUUUUCUGUAAAUAUAGAUUGACAUGGAAUUAAAUGGAACAAUAUUUUGGAUUAUUUUUCUAUUACUGGUAAUUACCUCUGUAAUCAAGCAGCUUGAUUAUAAUGUAUCGUAAAGUAAAGAACAAUUUGCCAAACCAUAUAAAUCUCCUGUUUUGUACUUCGAGGUGAUCUUUCCCGUAUCCAAACCUCUAAAAUGCCAUGCAAGUUGUUAGGCCAUACUGUGCUUUCUGCUUGUUUUUUUAUAUGUGAAAUUAGUCUGUUUUUGGUCUAACACUGGCCUCAGCUUGUGUAUGAUCUUGUGAGAAUUAGUUUGACAAAACUCGUUCAUCUCUUCCGUCACUGAAGUCGUGUUGUUAUUCCAAAAAACAAAAACAAACCUGAAUCAAGCAGAGAAUAAUGUUCCAGAGACGCAGAUUACCCAGAGAUCUAUUUUUUAUCAUUUUUCAGAAAGAGAAAAACAAGAUCAAUGCAUUGCAUAUUUUUCUAUGUAGAAAAUGAGGUUUGAUUGGUUACAUUUGUAAAAUGCUUAGAGAGUUUUGAUCUGAUAUAUUAUGGAGAUACUGAUCGAGGCUGAUAUAUUUUUAAUUUAUUGACCGAAACUUUACAGCAUCCUUUUGAAGGCCUUGUUUAAAAGUCAUUUUUAAGUGUUAUUUUGUACGGAAUUGGACAAAAUGGUCAAAGUCGCAGGUGGACAGUCAAAGCAGAGAUGUCUAAUGUUUGAUAAAAAUAUGUAGCAUAUAAAGUGGGAUUAACUACAGUAAUUCAAAAUAAGCACAUUGGUCUGUGUAAAUAUUUUUAAAUCGAAACACUGUAUGUCUUCAUAUUUACCGUAACUAAUGCUAUUUUAAGGAAAAAAAACGAGACUGCUUGAGCUAUGCAAAUCAAACAAGAUGAUACUUAAUGUGCUUGCUUUAGAAGUACCCUCAUGCAAUAAAGUGAAUGUAUUUAAAACCUUC